CGUCAUUUGACAGAGAGUCAAAUUCCUUGAAUACAAGGUCCCGCCCGCGGCAUUGUCGAGCCUUGCCAUAGGGUCUCCUCGCGGCACUCGGAAACCCGGUCGAUGGGACUUCCAAAUGAGCUUUAAAUUCCAACGACCUUCCCUCAGUCGGUCGGAAAAGAUUCCUUUCCGGAUAACACCACAUAUGAGUUUACAAUAUUAGACGAAUCCCGGAACCACGGGCACUGCCUCCAGAGAUGUCCGCUGAGCUUGAGGUCUUUAAGGUUUCACAAAUCUACGUCCCACACAGGGCCUAUCGACCCUCUGUGUGUCCUCCCAUCGUGAUCCACACCUUUCCGCGCAGAGUUGUGUUGGGAGAGCUCGACAAAAACAAUAAACAGGAGCCGGGUGUCCCCCUACGAGCUUGCGAGCAUCGACCGUCUUUUUCUGCGCGGCAUCUGUGCAACUGAAUCAGGAAGUCGACUCACAAUGUCGACGAGGUUGUAUCCCCUCUACAGGAGGGGCAAUCCUCAACGACGGGUUUUCCUGCCGAACUUCUUCAUGAAGAUCGUGAAAAGUAAAGUCGAUAUUCCAAAAAACAUGGUGAAAUUCGAAGUGCCACUGCAGAUGACUCAAUUCGACGUCAAAAACUACCUGGAAAAGAUAUAUAAAAUACCCGUUGCUCACGUGAAGACUGAAGUGAUACUCGGCGAGAUCAAGCCGCAACGGUGGAAAGGAUACCUCGUCAAAAACGACGACUACCGGAUCGCCACGGUCACGCUGCACGAAGGAUCUUUCUUCGAGUUCCCAAAAAUGUUCAAAGAAGAUGCGAUGGGUGAAGCUCUUGAUGAAUAUGAGGAGGAGACAGAGAAGUUGAAGGAACUCGAACGGAAAUAUAAGCGAGUCGACCCGCUGCGGAAAGAUGUUCCCGAUUUCUUCGGCAUUUAGGAUUUUUAGAGUCUUGGGCUUGGUUGUAGGAUCGUUGUGAAAGCAGUCAAUACAAUAUACCUGUUUACUGAA